AUGAGGUCAGGGAGGACCUUCCUGUCCCCAGGCCAGUGGCUCCCGGUGCUGGGCCUGGCGUUGCUCCUGGUGGACUCCCUCGGCGGCGAGGACUUGUAUUUUCACCCGGAGUGGGGGUUUGAGUCCUAUGAAAUCACCGUCCCCAGAAAGCUCAGCUUCCGGGGAGGGGAGCAGGGGGCCUCCAGACGCAUGUCCUACCUCCUGCAGGUGCAAGGCCAGAAGCACGUCCUCCACCUGUGGCCCAAGAGGCUCCUGCUGCCCCGGCACCUGCAGGUCUUCUCCUACACAGAGCAGGGGGAGCUGGUGGAGGACUACCCUUACAUCCCCAGGGACUGCAGCUAUGUGGGCGUGGUGGAGGGAGCCGAGGAUUCUGAAGCCACUCUCAGCACCUGCGCGGGCGGGCUCCGAGGCAUAUUGAAAAUCGACGCCAAGUAUUACCAAAUGGAGCCCCUCAGGGGCUCUUCCGGGUUUGAACAUGCCCUGUACCUCCUGAAGGACGAGUGGGAAUUUCAGGAUCGGAUCUCUGGCUCCACAGGGGACGCGACGGAAGAACCGGCGGCCCAGCCUGACAUCAUGGCUCGGCGUAGUGACUUUGCCGACAGCGUUAAGCACCAAAGGUACUUGGAGUUGGCCAUGAUCUUUGACCACGAGAGGUAUCUGUAUAUGAACUCCAAUGUCAGUCGCAUCAUAGACGAUGCCAUCCUUAUGUCUGGGGUGGUAGACACUUACUUCCAAGAGCUCAGCCUGAGGAUACACCUCAAACGUGUGGAGGUGUGGACAUCCAGAAGCAAAGUGAGGCAUUCGAAUGACAGAGCGGCUUCGGCUCUGACCCGGUUCACGGCAGACAGAAGGCGUGCCCUCAACGCUGCCACCCCAGCCGACUGGGAACACACCUACGUCCAAGGAAACCUGUCCGAUCGCAACUCGUGGCACUGGGGGAACGUGUGUGGGAAGGGGUUCGAGGGAUCCGGGUGUGUCAUCGUCGACCAUAACCUCCUCUUUCCUGCCACUCUGACCGCCCGUGAGAUAGGCCACGGCGUGGGCAUGGCGCUGGACACGCAGUACUGCCAGUGCCGGGGGAAGCACAGCUGCAUCAUGGGCACCGGCCGCUCCGGGUUUAGUAACUGCAGCUACAACGACUACAUCAACUACGUGCGCCAGAAGGCCACGUGCCUCACGGACAUCCCGGGCCUGGGGUACGUGGUGAAGAGGUGCGGGAACACAAUCGUGGAGGACGGCGAGGAGUGUGACUGCGGCUCGGCAGAGGACUGCGAGGGAGACCCUUGUUGCAAACCAAACUGCAAGUUCAAGAGGGGUGCCCGGUGCAGCGCCGGGCUCUGCUGCCACCGGUGCCGCUUCCGCCCCUCCGGGUUCGCGUGUCGGGAGGAAGAGAACGAGUGCGACCUCCCAGAAUACUGCAACGGGACCUCGAGCCGCUGCCCGGACGACGCCUACAAGCACGACGGCACCCCGUGCCAGCGCGACGCCCGCUGUUUCCGGAAGGGCUGCUGGUCCACGUUCCGGCAAUGCCAGCGCAUCUUUGGAGCCGACGCUAGGGAGGCCCCGCACCCGUGCUUCGAGGCGGUGAACCUGGUCGGGGACCAAUACGGGAACUGCGGGGUGGUCUCCGUCGGCAACUACCGACGGUGCAGCAGGCAGGACGCGCUGUGCGGCAGGGUGCAGUGCGUCCACGUCCCCGCCCUCCCCGCCAUGCCCGACCACACGAGCGUCGUCUCCACGCCCCUGCGGGACCAGCGUCUGCUGUGCUGGGGCCUGGGCUACCACCUGGCCAUGGGCUCCACGGGGAUCCCCGACCUGGGCGUCGUCCACGACGGCACCCCCUGCGGCCAGGGCCGCGUGUGCUGGAACAGGACGUGCGUGGAGGCGUCCGCCCUGAGGCUGGGCUGCGUGCCCGAGGACUGCAACCGCAGGGGCGCCUGCAACAACCGCGGGCACUGCCACUGCGCAGACGGCUGGGCGCCGCCGCUCUGCCUGGAGCAGGGCGACGGGGGCAGCGAGGACAGCGGGCCGCGCAGGAAGCCGCAGGAGGAGGAGGAGGAGGAGGUGUCCCCCGUCCUUCAGGUCGUGAUAUUCGUGGUGUUACGCGUGUGUCUGUUCUUCAUCUCGGUGGCCUUUGUGAUUCACAGGUCACGGAAUGGACAUUUGUUGACUGUCAAACAAACACCAUCACCACCACCACCACCGCCACCAUCGCCGCCGCUGCCACCAUCACCGACUGAGACUGAGAUCCAGGAGCCAACGCAAACGGAAGAAACUCCAGAAAUACCCAAACCAACCAAAAAAGUAACCUGGAGCCCCAUGGACGCCUUGGGACGCAGGGUCACUGAGUAA